AGGAAGGGAGGAUGGACAACAUCUCCUCACACAAACACUUUAUCCUCAAUGGCUUCAAUGAACUCGGAGCACUGAGGCCCGUCCUCUUCAUCCCAUUCUCCAUCAUGUUUGUUGUGUCACUGUCAGCCAACUCCCUGCUGCUGUAUGUUGUCAUUUCAGAGAGAAGCCUCCACUCACCGAUGUGCAUCCUCAUUGCCGGCAAGGCAUUUGUAGCCCUGAGCAUCCCACUGUUCUUCGUCCCCAACAUGUUGCUAAGCUUCUUGUUUGACUGGAGGGGAAUCUCUCUGAUUGGCUGUCUGGUUCAGAUGAACUUUAUACACUUUGUGGGAACUUUUCAGACCACAUUUUUGGUAUGGAUGGCGCUGGACCGCUACUUUGCCAUCUGCACACCACUUUACUACCAUGAACGCAUGGCUUUACCAGGAUUCCUCAAGUUUGUGAUCCCUCUUCUCAUCAGAAACAUCCUCAUGAUCACAAUGUUAGUGAGUUUAGCAGGAACAUUGUCAUUCUGUGCUUCAAAUGUGAUAAACCACUGUUUCUGUGAGCACAUGGCCUUGGUGGAGCUGGCCUGUGGAAAAACUGCCAUCAACAGCCUGGUGGGGUUACUGACUGUGUUCCUCAUCCCUGUAGCUGACGUCAUCUUUAGUACUAUCUCCUAUGUGGUGAUAUUCAGGUCUGUGCUGAAAUCCGGUACAUCAGGCAUCAAAGCACUUGAUACUUGUAUCACCCACAUUAUGGUCAUGGUCAUCAGCCUGAUUGUGGCACUUAUUGCUUUCCUGUCGUAUCGGAUCAGAAGUGGUCUUCCUGUCUCCACUGUGGUUUCCUUCAGCACUAUGUAUAUUCUGUUCCCAAGCUGUUUCAUCCCGAUCAUCUAUGGCAUCAGGAUCACUGAGAUCCGAAAGCACAUCCUGAGGAAGCUGAUGUUCUGUCACUUUGUCCAAACUGUGCCCCAUGCUUAAGAAACCAAAGAACAAUCUGUAAUCUUUGGCAAAAAAAUAGAUUAGAAAUUAGUAAUGAUUAAAAUGAAAUGCUAAUGGUACAUGAAAAUGAUGAUACACUAAUUCAAUAUUGUGGUAUGCUUUCAACCAAUCACCAUCUUGUGUUGAGGUAGAUCAGGUGGUGGGGGAGGCUGCCAGACAGACAUGGUAAACCUAAAUGUGUUAUGAAGGUGAACGGCGGAUGUCUGGCUGAGGCCAUUUACAGCAGGUUCUUCAACUCCCACCUCUGGAAGAUUAUUUCCUUCAUCCCUGGGGAGAGUGGGUCCAUGGAGCAUGCCAUGUUCAAAGUCUCUUCAUGGAGGCGACUGUUUAGACCUGUGUUUAGGUUAUGUGUGGCUGUCAGGGUGGCAAUUUGAGAACAUGCUGGUGAACACCAGCGGUGAAGGAAGCCUUUUCAGCAUGGAUUGUCCAGCACCUCCUGAAGCAAUUUCCAGGUAUCAAAAGUCCACAGCUGCAGCCACGAUAGAUGCCAAACAAAAGAGAAAGAUGCUUGUUUUGCCUCAGUGAGUUUUUGGUGAACCCAGGAAGAUAAGGCAGAGCUUCACCCAGGAUCUAUAAGGACCUGCUGCACUUCAGUGGGGUUACUGUGUGUUACUGGAAGUGAAAUUUGAGAGAGCUUCUACACACAAUCGACAUAUCCUCUGUGGAAGGGGCAGGGUUAGAGGACUUAGGGAAAGCUUGAUCCAUUCCUCUGGCAGAAGUCACUGAUGUAGUUAAAAGCUCUGCAGCGGCAAGGCCCCAGACAAUGUGAGCCAGACUAACUCUGAAAGCAGUCUAGAUACAGAUCACAUUUUCAAACCAAGUGAAAACAGAGUGUUAGAGACAGGUUGAGAAGCUGUUGCUGCUCUUUCAUGUUGAAAGGAGUCCAUUAUGGUGGUUUCAGCAACCAAUUAGGAUGCCUCCUGGCAGAUUGGCUUUAAAGGUUUUCUGGCCAUGCCCAACUAGAAGGGGAUCCUGGGGCACAUGUAGAGCAUGCCGGAGAGCUUGACAACAUCUGAGGAUCCACCAUGAGGAACUAGAGAAAGC